CUUUCUGUAGAAAACGUCGGAAUGCUGUUUGAGUGUUUCGUGUAGAACAAAAAUAUUUCUGCUUGUGUCUUAGAUUUGAGGAACCAUGCCGCCAAAAGGGAAGCAGGGCACUAAAGGUGCUAAACAGAUUGUUGAGGAGAACAAGGCAACACUGCAGUUUUAUCAGUAUGUUAUUGGAGGAGUAAAUGUUGCAUUUUUUCUGAUACAGUACUUUCUCUUCUGGGAAUUUUUCACAGCAUUUUAUGUGUUUCUGUGGUUGUCAGCUGUAGCUGUGUGCCUAGGUAGCUAUCAAUUCAUGGCCAGUAUGGGCCGAGCUAAAUAUUCCACAGAUGGGGCCUUGCUAGACAGCGGCAUUGACUUAAACAUGGAGUCGGGGAUGGCAGAGCAUGCUAAAGAUCUACUCCUGCUUACAAGCAUUGUAAUGUGUCUCAGCUUGUUGUCCAAUUUCUUCUGGAUAUUAUGGCUGCUGGCUCCAAUCCGAGCCUUUUACAUGCUGUGGGUCAACAUUCUGGCACCGUGGAUAUUUGCUCCAGCUCCAGAAGUAGAUGAGAAAAAACAGAAGAAAAUGGAGCGCAGAAUGAAGAGGCACUGACAGAUCUGUAGCUCUAAGACAUUAAUUUAUUGUUUACACUGUUCAACAGUUCAUUCCCUUUAGUUUCAAGAUAAUCAAAUUUUGUUCCACAUUUUCACCUUUUCAUGGGAUGAUAUUCAUCAAAGUUUUAAAACUUUCAUUUUAUUUUAUGACAUAUUUGAUAUGUUUGCAAUAUUUAUACUCUAAAUUCAAGUUGUAAUGUUGAAUUAAACUGCCUUUUCAUUGAGUUUUGAAGAAUGUGCUUCAUUUUUCAUGAUUGUUUGUUGUAAAGAAAGUACAAAUGUAUUGUACAUAUAAAAGUUUGCAUUUCAUGUCAACUUCCUGAUUAACUAUUUAUUGCACCAAACAUAUAAAAGUUGAAUGGUAAUAUAAAUUAGCAGUUUUUUUCCUUUUCUCUUAUCAUGAUGACUCAAAAAGAAAGAAAGAAAACCUGGUUAAGGCCACAGUAAUUUAAUUUUUUGUUUUACAAUCCCGGGUGGGUAGGUUUUCAGGAAAAUCCAGUUUAAAAAAACCCACAAGUUUGUCAUAUUUGUAACAAUUAUACCUUCUUUAUUUUACAGAAUUAUUGUAUUCCAGUACAUUUUUAAGGCAACAGUAUUAUUAACAUUUGAGAGAGAAAAAAUAGAACAAAUCAAAAAUUCAGGAGAAAUUAAAGAAGUUCAAAUGUUUUCUUUCAUAUUGAUUGAUGUUAAUGUGCGAUUUUUGAAUCAAUAUUUUUUUCUAAUUAUUGAAAAUCCUGUUAUGUUUUAUAAAAAUAUGUUUGUUUUUUGGUCUGACUAGAGGGUAUACCCUAUCAAAGAAUUAAGAGACGUAAAACAAAGUUAUUAUUUACUACAGCCUUAUGUCUGAUUCAAGUUAUACUUCAAGUUCAUUUGUAAGUCACAAACCUCUUUCUCAUUUUAUUGAAUUUUCAGAAUUUGGCAACAUUUUCCAUCAGAAAACAGAAACAUAAAGCAUAAGUUAACAUUUCUUUUGACAUGUGUAGAAGUAUGACAAGAGGCCCAUAGGCCACAAUGCUCACCUAAGUAACUGGCCUUGCUGUUUUUCCACCUGAUUUUCCCCCUUGUAGCACUUAUUUUGGCAACGCCCUACCCCCAGGGGUCAUGAUUUGAACAAUUUAAAAUCUACACUACCCAAGGAUACUGCCACUUAAGUUCUUGAGAAGAAGAUUUUUAAAGAUUUUUACUACAUAUUUCAAUGUAAAACUUGGAUUCCCUACUGUGGCCCUGCCCUACCUGAGGGGGUCAUGAUUUGAAUAAUUUAGAAUCUACACUACCCCAGGAUACUUUCACAUAACUUUCAGCCUUUCUGGCCCAGUGGUUCUUGAGAAGAUUUUUUAAGAUUUUUUCUGCAUAUUUCAAUGUAAAACUUGGAUUCCCUAGUGUGUCCCCACCCUGCCCCCGUGGGUCAUGAUUUAAACAGUUGAGAAUGUACACUACUCCAGAAUGCUUCCACAUAAGUUCAGCUUUUCUGGUCCAGUGGUUCUUGAGAAGAAGAUUUUUAAAGAUUAUAACUACAUAUUUCAAUGUAAAACUUGGAUUCCCUAUUGUGGCCCCAACCUACCCCCGUGGGUCAUGAUUUGAACAAUUUAGAAUGUACACUACUCCAGAAUGCUUCCACCUAAGUUUCAGCUUUUCUGGCCCACUGGUUCUUGAGAAGAAGAUUUUAUAAUGACCCCACCCAAUUUUUGUCUUUUCUUGAUUAUCUACCCUUUAUUUUUAAAAUUUAAACUCCUCUUUACCCAAGAAUGCUUUGUACCAAGUUUGGUUAAAAUUGGCUCAGUGGUUCUUGAGAAGAAGUUGAAAAUGUGAAAAGUUUACAGACGGACAGACAAACGGAUGGACGACAGACAACGGGUGAUCAGAAAAGCUCAUUUGAGCUUUCAGCUCAGAUGAGCUAAAAGUCUUAGAAAGAUUAACAGAUUUUAAGAUGUUUGCACCACAGUAUCAUGUCUCACUAUUGACAAAAUUAUUAUGAAAUUUAAUAAAGUGUGACUUAAGGUCCUGAAUUCAAACCACUUGUAUAAUAGUUUUAUUUGUGUGGAUAAUAUCAUGUCAAAUUUGGUGCCAAAUGUUGUUUUUAUCUCAUCCUUUGUAGAUAUUUUUCCAUUUCGAGUAUGUCUAUGAAUUAAAAUUAUAAAAUUCUUUGGCAUUCUCAUAUUGAUUUGGUUAAAGUUACAAGUGCAUUGAUAGGUGCAAUAAUCAGCUUUUUUCAGUGAUUUGAUUUUUAAAUGUAGAGGAAUGUUUUUACAAUUUUCAAAUACAUUACAAGUGUAUGUUUGGACAGAAAAUCAUUAUGAAUACAAGUUUAUAGAUGGUCAAUAAAAACAAUUUUGCAAGCAAAAUCAGGAUUUUAGCAUAUAUUUACAGGUAUUUGUCUAAAAUAUUCAAAGUGUAAUAUAAAAUCUAGCUGGAAGAGGUAAAUUAAGUCAUGUGUCAUGUACAUUCUCUAUAGUAUGUUCAACUUUUUUGCAGUAGAUUUCUAUUGGGCGUAAAUAACAAAAGUACAAAAUUUGCUGUUCUUUCGGAAUUACUAAGUAGGUAGACACCCUAUGAGUUUCAGUAUUGUUCAGCAUAUUUUGAAUUACUGGCAUAGUUUAGAAAAUUUGGAUGACACAUAUCCCCUAUUAAAAGCUGCAUACACUGCCUCAAUAUCCAAUUUCAACAAAAACAAAUUAUCAUGGUUUGGUUCUACUGAUAUAUUCAAACAACUUCUUCAUCAGUUACAGUUACAGUUUCUGAUCUGAAAUCAUCUACAUCAGCCUUAUAUAUUGUAAAUGCAUUCCUAAUUCAUAUUUUCUUGAAAAGUGGUAUCAAAAAAGGAACAGUUAAGUACUUGUGGGAAAUUAGACACAUACAGCACAAUCAAACAAAACUUUGGGCUAGAACCUUACUUAUUAAUCUUAAGAAAAUUUGAGAAAAGAAAGAUUUUAACAAAAUUUUGAAUCUCUUCUCACAAUCUGAUGAUUGAAAAAGGUUGACAUUGUGGUAUACCAAGAGAAGAGAGAAUAUGCCCCAAUUGUAAAUUAAAAGAGGUAGAAGAUGAAAAUACAUUUUCUUUUAGGUUGUUCAUGCCAUAGUCUAUCAAUAAUUAAUUUCUCUCCACAAUAUCUCUGAGAUCUCAUCUUUUUAAUAGUUUGUCUAAAAGUAACCAAUUUUUAUGGUUAAUGAAAUGUGAAGAUGUUGAUGUGCUGUGCAAUUUGUGUGAAUUUAUAAGUCAUAUGUAGCCAUAGAUAAAUUCAAAGUCCCAUAUUGAUAUCAACUUUCAUUUACAUGUACUUUUAUUCACAACUUAUGUUACAGUAUGUUAUGUUGUUAAUAUGCAUGUGUUGUUGUAUACUCUGCAUUGAGCAGAAGUGGAUUAAUUAAAAUAAAUAAUAUACUAUCCUUCA